GUCUUAAAACUAAAGAUAUUAGUGAAUACUUAUAUAAAAUUCAUGAUGAUAGUGUUAGGCCAAGACAUUUCCUUAGCGUAAACAAUGCGGAUGAAAUAGAAGCUAUACUCUCAAAUUGUAAGGAUCAUUCCUUACACGAAAUCAUUGAUGGGAAUGAGCUACUCUGA